AUGGACCACGGAGGGGUCAUGGCCGAGCUCCCGUCAAAGGUGCACAUCACCUCCCACCCCACCUUUCUGAGGAUCUGUGGGCCUUCGGUGUACCAGGACGAGAAGAAGAAGAUGUGGCUGCAUCACGUCAUGGACACAGAAGUUGUCCUGCAAGUACGGUUGCGCCAGGAAGACAUCCCCAGUGGACAUAUUGCACUCACAACCAGCCCAGAGACAUCGAACACUAUGCCGUUCCUUUGGACGCUCCACCCUGGAGACCAGUACCUGGACUGCAUGUGCCGGAUCUGGCAUAUCAUGCACCACAUCAAGGAGGAAGGAGUGGAGGAAAUGAUCCUUGAGCUAAUGUAA